GAGACGGUGGCCGGGAGGGCACACACGGCGCCGCGGACGGUGGCCGGCGAGGUCGGGCAUGGACCGCCUGGGACGCUGCGCGUGGCUGGUGCGCGGGACGCUGGCGCGGGCGGCGGCGCGGCGCUACCUGCCCUGGGCCCUGGUGGCCGGCAUGCUGGCGGGCUCGCUCGUCAAGGAGCUGUCGCCGCUGCCCGCGAGCUACCUGAGCAACAAGCGCAACGUCCUCAACGUGUAUUUCGUCAAGCUGGCCUGGGCCUGGACGGUCUGUCUGCUGCUCCCUUUCAUCGCCCUCACCAACUACUCCCUGACGGGCCGGCCCGGCCUGGUUUUGCGGCGCCUGAGCACCCUGCUCGUGGGCACAGCCUACUGGUAUGCCUGCACGGCCGUCUUCUCGGGCGUCGAGCACGUCACGGGCAGCUGCUACCAGUCGCCGGCGCUGGAGAAGGUCCGGCAGGAGCACGGGGACAAGUCGCAGUGCCUCCGGGCGGGCGGCCACUGGCACGGCUUCGACAUCUCAGGCCACUCCUUCCUGCUGUCCUUCUGCAUCCUCAUGAUCGUGGAGGAGAUGGCCGUGCUGCAGGAGGCGCGGCCGGACCAGGACCCCGGUGCCAGCCCCGCCGUCACGGCGCUCGUGGUGGCCCUGGGCGGCCUGACGGCCAUCUGGGUGGGGAUGUUCCUGUGCACGGCCGUGUACUUCCACGACCUGUCCCAGAAGGUGUUCGGCACCUUCUUCGGGCUGCUGGGCUGGUAUGGGACGUACCGCGGCUGGUACCUGAGCCCACUGUCCCCCGGACUGCCGCCCCGGAGUGCCGGCCUCAGCACCAAGCGGGACACGUACAGGAAGUAACAGAGUGGCCAGCGUAGACGGGUGGUGGCCCCCUGCGGCCCGCAGAGGGUUUGCUCGUCUCCUGCUUCACUUCGGAGAGGAAGUUACCGGGCCAUGGGGAGGGGGAGCACGGGAGGGUCUGGGGACCGCAGGCGGGCACCCUGCAUGCCCCACUCAGCCCCAGCGUCCCCGGGGACCCAAGCAGGAAAGCUGCCGCCUGGCGUGCACCAGGCCCCGUCAUCCUCUUCUUGAAUUUAGUUUUCCAUUUUCAUGGCUGUUCAUGCUGUUAUUUAAUAUUUCCCUCUGGCGAGUUUUGCAGAAGCAUUUAUUUCCAGUGGGGUUUCUCUCUUUCUCUCUCCUUCCUUCCUGUUGCUCUUGAUUCCUUUCUUCUCCUCCCCCUUACUUCUCUUUUCCUUCCUUCCUUCCU